GGUACCCUUCCCCCAUCCGGCCCUGGGGCCUGCCUUGCGUCUGGCCUUGAGCUUUUGUAACGGAGCUUUAUCUCUUCCUUCCCCCACUGAAGAUGGAGCGCAGUCCUCACCCUUUUCUAAAGCAAAACCACCCCCUCCCACCUACCAGCUCAGCUCAGCCUUUGUCACGGGGCGGUCGGGCUGGCUUCGGGCUGUGGGCGGGCAGAGAAGCCUCUUCCUGCCUCUCCCCCUCCGGAGCGGACUUGCUAACGGGUGGGUGGAGCCCAGUCAGAACUAUUUCGGUUCCGUCUUCUCAGAGCAGCCUUUGGUUUCCUGCUUAGUUUCCCCUGUGCUUAUGUUAUUAAUAAUAUAGCUACCACUUUCUGAGCACUUGCCUUAUAUCAAGUAGGAACUUUACAUAUAUAUUUUCCUGGUAUUUUAGGUCAACUGUGUAUCAUUAACCCCAUUUUACAGGUGAGGCAACUUGAAGUGAAGAAAAGCCAAUUUGCUGGAUGACACAGCUAUUCCUGAGAACCCCAACCCCGGGAGGAGCCAGCCCAUCAACCUGAACCAUUAUGCCACCAAGAAGAGCGUGGCAGAGAGCAUGCUAGACGUGGCUCUCUUCAUGUCCAAUGCCAUGCGGCUGAAAACGGUGCUGGAGCAGGGGCCGUCCUCUCAAUACUAUGCUACCCUCAUCACUCUCAUCAGCAUCUCUCUGCUCCUGCAGGUCGUCAUCGGAAUCCUCCUCGUGGUCAUUGCACGGCUGAACCUGAAUGAGGUGGAAAGGCAGUGGCAAUUAAACCAGCUCAACAAUGCUGCCACCAUCUUGGUCUUCAUCACUGUUGUCAUCAAUGUCUUCAUUACAGCUUUCGGGGCACAUAAGACAGAGUUCCUGGCUGCCAGGACCUCAAGGAAUCCUCUCUGAAUUCAGCUUGGAACCCAGGUACUGGAUCUGGAGCUGCUUCCGCCUCUUUCUUCCCUGACCUGCCAGGCUGAUGAGCACUUCCCCUGGGAGCUCCUGAAAGAGCAAUGUAGAUGCCUGCUUCCUACCACAGCACCCGAGUGAAGAUGGGAUAGUUUACUGGUCCAAGUGAAUUUCAUCUUGGUCCACAGGCCUGAGCUCAGCGUGGGAUAGUGCCAGCCUUUGCUCCUGGUGGCACCUGCACCUGAGGCAUGUGGACCCAAGGCUGAGUCCACCAGCUUAAGGACUCUGGUUCUGACUUACUCCAUUCCUCCCCUCUGUCCCAUCCAUUCCCAGGCCUAUUUUCCCAGGUAAAAUGGAAUGAUUUCUAUCUAUAAAAGUUUCUGCAAAUCCA